UUUGUUUCUGGAUAAAUCUUUCUUUCUUCGCUUAGCUAGCACGUGUAGACGCGGUUGUCUUGCUUAUCAUCCCAUAAAAUUAAUAGGUACAAUAAAAAACUCUUAUAUAUCAGCACCAAAGUAGUACAUAAGGGCAUGAUUAGAAUUUUGUGAGAAAGUGAGGUUAGAUUAGCACAAUGCCGUCCGAUGCAAAGAAACGGGCCCAACAAAAGAAAAAAGAGCAGGCGGGUAAUAGGAACAAAAAGCCUGUAGAGAGGGUGACUAAUGCGGAGACCAAUGGCGCAACCAACGGCACGGCGAAAGAGGAUCGCGAGCUCACCGCCGAAGAGGCAUUAUGCUUGAAGUUAGAAGAAGAAGCUAAAAUGAACUCUGAAGCCAGAUCUUGCACUGGGUCCCUGGCAGUUCACCCUCGUUCAAGAGAUAUCAAAAUAGCUAAUUUCUCCAUCACCUUCUAUGGCAGUGAAUUGCUUCAAGAUACCUUAUUGGAAUUGAAUUGCGGCCGAAGAUAUGGCCUUGUUGGACUCAAUGGAUGUGGCAAGUCGUCGUUGUUAGCAGCGCUGGGACGUCGCGAGGUGCCUAUUCCAGACCACAUCGACAUUUUUCACUUAACUCGAGAAAUGCCGGCGUCCGAUAAAACAGCGCUGCAGUGCGUCAUGGAAGUAGAUGAAGAGCGAAUCAAAUUGGAGAAAUUAGCCGAGGAACUGGCCCAUUGUGACGAUGAUGAUGCCCAAGAGCAGUUGCUGGACGUAUACGACCGGCUGGAUGAGCUAAGCGCUGACACGGCCGAAGCCCGCGCGGCCAACAUCCUGCACGGUUUAGGCUUCACCAAGGAGAUGCAGCAAAAAGCUACUAAGGAUUUCUCGGGAGGUUGGCGUAUGCGUAUCGCACUGGCGCGCGCGUUGUACGUGAAGCCGCAUUUGCUACUGCUGGACGAGCCAACCAACCACUUGGAUCUCGACGCCUGCGUGUGGCUCGAAGAGGAACUCAAACAGUAUAAACGAAUCCUGGUGCUAAUAUCGCACUCCCAGGAUUUCCUUAACGGGGUGUGUACCAAUAUCAUCCACAUGAGCAAGAGGCGGCUCAAGUACUACACAGGCAACUAUGAAGCGUUCGUGCGCACACGUAUGGAACUGCUCGAAAACCAGAUGAAACAGUACAACUGGGAGCAGGAUCAGAUCGCGCAUAUGAAGAACUACAUAGCGAGGUUCGGUCACGGCUCGGCCAAGCUCGCUCGCCAGGCACAGUCCAAGGAGAAGACUCUCGCCAAGAUGGUUGCACAGGGGCUCACCGAGAAGGUCACCGACGACAAGAUACUCAACUUCUAUUUCCCCUCUUGCGGGAAAGUGCCGCCGCCCGUCAUUAUGGUGCAGAAUGUAUCAUUUAGGUAUACUGAUGAUGGGCCUUGGAUUUAUAAGAAUUUAGAGUUUGGUAUUGAUCUAGACACUCGACUCGCUCUUGUGGGACCAAAUGGUGCUGGCAAGUCUACACUUCUCAAACUGCUUUAUGGAGAUCUGGUGCCGUCGACGGGCAUGAUCCGCAAGAACUCUCAUUUGCGGAUCGGACGCUACCACCAGCACCUGCACGAGUUGCUUGACCUGGACCUGUCGCCGCUGGACUACAUGCUCAAAGAGUUCCCCGAAGUGCGCGAGCGCGAGGAGAUGCGCAAGAUCAUCGGCCGCUACGGGCUCACCGGCCGCCAGCAGGUGUGCCCGAUGCGGCAGCUGUCGGAUGGGCAACGCUGCCGCGUGGUGUUCGCGUGGCUCGCGUGGCAGACGCCGCAUCUGCUGCUGAUGGACGAGCCCACCAACCAUCUCGACAUGGAGACCAUCGAUGCACUGGCCGACGCCAUCAACGACUUCGACGGCGGCAUGGUGCUCGUGAGCCACGACUUCCGCCUCAUCAACCAGGUGGCUCAAGAAAUAUGGAUCUGUGAAAACGGCACCGUCACUAAAUGGCAAGGCGGCAUUCUCAAAUACAAGGACCAUCUGAAAUCAAAAAUCUUAAAGGAUAAUGCGGAUAACGCUGCUAAAUUUCGUAAAUAGGAAAAAAUUAAUAGUUUAGGUAAAUUAAUACUAUAGACAGUUUCACUGCAAUGCGCGCGGGGACAUGUGUGCGAAAGCUUGUAUAUAUUUAUGUAUAAAAAUAUAAUUUAAGGAGCUAACGAAUACAACGGUGUAGUUACAAUUCUAAAAUACAUUUUCUUUAUUACACUUUUUGGCCCUAUUAAAUUUUGGAUUACAAAUCUGAACUCAGUCCCUAGCAAAACGGCCUAAAAUACUAAAAUUACACUAAAUUACAUUAUAACUAAAUACAAACUUGAACUCACAUUCAAGCAUUUAGGCCUUAAACAAUGUCUUGAAGAACGAGAAUUGAGUCCAAAUCACGUAAUUUCUAACAAAACUUUAAUUAUACCGUCACCAUCAUCGUAACAUCGUUUUAGGCAGUAAAGUUUCAACAGCUUUUAUUCCGUUUUUUACUCAUCUUGUAAAAUUUUAUUUCGUGAAAUUAGACAGUUUUGUUCGCCAGCUUCUUAAUUAUUGAUAAAAGAACGAUUUAACCACGUGUACCAACCUCUUCAACACAGUGGUGAGUGCUCUGGUCUUACGAAAGAGAGGUCUAUUGAGACGAAUAUAUGUAUAUACCUAGGACACAUCAAUAGGUCCAAAAGAAUCAGUAAAGUGGUCAGCCGCUGAAUCCAACUCGGCACUCAGUCGUGCCGCUACGCAAUUUAGCGUUCCUGUACGAUGCUAUGCAUAAUAAAAUGCGUUUUUAAUUAUUUGGACGUCAACUAUACUCCAUUUUUUCAUCCCGGAGACCAAAAUGACUUUCGUGUGUUGUCUGUAUUAUAUAGCUCUUUGAUAGUGAUGUGGUGCAAUCGAUACUUAGGCAUAAAUAUUAGCCAUUAUUUAUUAUAAAUAGUCAAUGUUGAAAUAAUUCCAAUUCAAAUAAAAUAAGUAUCGGCUGAUUCUCAAUUUACAAGUUUUACGUAUUAUUGAAAAAUUCCUUAAGUGAAUUAUUUUUUGUAUAUUUUGUUACUUACUUUAGUCUUUAAGUCUUUUAAAUAAAAUGUGACUAGUGCUAUUUUUUAUCUCGUAAUUAAAUAUUUAGUAGGUUUAUUUUACACAUUUCAUGCAACAUUAUUUGAUUUAACGAUUUUAAACUAAACCGGAAUCAUGAGGACAUCACUAUUUUUGCUAAGCUGUACAUACCAUUAUUUUUAAGUUUGACAUUUUAAGUUGUCAUUUUGGUCUCUAGGAAUAAAAAAUUGACAAUAGCGUGUUGCAUAAUAGGAGAGAUUUUGAACCUCGUAAUCGAAUUACUACAAAGCUGUUUAUUUUUAAUUUAUAAAUAAUUAUUUUUUAUUAUAGUAAUUAUUUAUUUGUACUUAUUUUACUAUAUAGCUCAGCGAUAAAAAAAUAAAAGUUGUUGAUUGUGAACAUGUCUCCGCCUGCAAUACUUUUUUUUUUAUUCAAAAGUUGUUCUUGUUUAAAAAAUAUACUAACUUCUUUAAUGUGCAAUCAAAUACUUUACCUAUUUAAAAAAAAAUACAUUUUACCUUAUGACAUUUAGGUAUCAAUUAGUUUACAUUCAUUCAUUUAUUAUAAUAACACUGUAAUUGUUCGGCCAUGUAGUAGGUCGGGAGGUAUUAGUUAGUUCUCUCCUUGUUCCGAUAAUAAUCGUUGAACGUCAUUUUAUAGAAUUUUCGGGGUGUCACAUAUUCACUGGUUAAAUCGUUUUUGAUAUGAUGUGGAAUGGGGUAUACAUAGUUAAUAGUAGAUGGCAUAGUUCUACUUUGUGACGUUGCUAUACCAAGCACAUACGUUCGCGAGCCACCUUGCGAGCCAAAUGCUCGGUUGACGUGGACAUGUUUCGGGCAUUAUGUAAAGUACGUACGAACUUGUUCAGACCAAACGAUCAUUUUGCUUUUGGUGUGGAAACGGUUUCACUUUUGUCGUCAAUGAGUAUUGCAAGAGAUUCAUUAGAAUUACAAGGUUAAAAGAGGAUUGCAUUGCCUUAUAUUAUUAUAAAUCAAUAAUUUUUUACAAUCGAAGAAUUAUUGUUAAGUUUGAUGCUCUAGAGAAGGAAGGAAAAUCUGUUGUUAUUGUUGGCAAAGUGAUCCGUUCUGAUGGUUAUAAUGUCAAGACAAAUCUGGACGUCAGACUGAAGUUGUAAUAAUCACAAUUAUGUAUAUCGAAGUUGAUGCAGUUUGUUGUUUAAUUUAUUCUUUCUUGCUGCAAUUUUGCGUUAUAGCCAGUAGUGUCAACCAGCCAGGUGAUUCCGACAACCUGGAGCUGUCAAACUUCAGCGUUAAGCCUGCCUGGCCCUUAACAAUAAAUUAUGAUUGUAUCUUGCUUCUUUGACAUCACAAAAUGCGGUUGAGUAAGGGCCUAAACUUACCGCGAUGGGAAUCCGGAACGCGCUAAAGCGUGAUUUGACGCAUCAAGCGAUCUCAGGAAUCCACGUAAAGGUGCUCCCAGCAAAGAUUAGAUAGACAUCUAGCGCUCGUUUUAAAACGAUGAUAAAAUAUAACGAAUAAUUAUGAAAAAAAAAAAACAUUAGUGCAUGCAACUUUUA